AUGAAGAUCACCAUCGCAUUGUCCUUUUUGGCUGUACUUUAUACCGUCGAGGCUUAUCCAGCAGAGUCUGCUGAUUUGGAAAUUCUGAGGAUUCGAACGAGGGAACUGAAAUGGAAUAUUGAGACUGCUAUACGUCAACUUGAGCUACUUCGUACCCAGACCGAGGAAGAUACCCUUCAAAAAAUUACCGUAAAAUGGAGUGAAGAACAAGACAGUCAUAGAGAAUAUAAAACUUUAUUACUUUCUGGGAUACGCACUGAAGUAAAUGCUGCCAAGGCGGCGGGCAAAGACGCGACCUCAUGCCUCGCCGAGGCCACCCAAGGUGUCGAAAAUAAUGAGCAGAUAGCAUAUAAGGAGGCUAAUGCAUGCAUAGGCUCCGCUGAAGAUUCCAUCCAUAACAAUCUUGGUUUUAUCGAUAAUCUCAUUUCAACCGGAGACUCGUUGUCGUUGCAGUCGGAUAGCAUCUUCUUGAAUUGUCACGACAGCGACGAUUACAGAAUGCGUAGCUGCAUUAUCAGUGAACUGACGAAAGCAGAAAGCUCCUUGAAGACCUUGGAGAGCGACAGCAUUACUGCAGAGCUGACCAUUACACCCGUGUCCAAGAAUGUCGUUACGCAAGCCACCAACUGUGUCAAAAACGCUUAUUCCCUUACAUAUACGGAAGGGGCGGCGAUUAGAAUGAGAAUUACUCAAUGUAUUGAAACAAUCACCACGCCAACUACGACAAUAGCUACGACGACACAGAAACCUACCACAAAAAAAUAAUAUUUUAAAUCUACUAAGUUGAUGUCCAUUCUUUUUUGUUGAAAGUAAUUCUAAAACGAA